CACCAGCCAGCUACCUUUGACACGGUCCGAUCCGUACUCCAAAGCAAGUGCUUCCUGAUCCUUAGCUUCUCAAUUUUCUCCAUGGAAGGUGGCUUCAACAAGGCCGGCUCACCGGAGGCGUCCGGCGAGGGCGGCACGCGGCGCGCGCCGGCGGGGGCCUACUACGAGUGCUCCUUCUGCAAGAGGGGGUUCACCAACGCGCAGGCGCUCGGCGGCCACAUGAACAUCCACCGCAAGGACCGCGGCGGCAAGCCCGGGGCCGCGCCGCCGCAGCAGGACGACGCCGGUGGCUCCCGGACCUACGGCGGCGGCGACGUGCACCUGGGCCUUUCCCUGGGGAGGAAGGAGGAUGUCGAUCUGGAGCUCAGGCUUGGGGGCUAUCCGUAUAACUAA